CAGAUUCCCGAGGCCGCUUUAAAUAAUAUUGAGCACUCUUCAAAAGUGCAACAAAAAACUUUUGAAUCUUUGAAGGAACAAGACGUGCACCUUAAGAGAAAGAAUUGAUUUUUGAAAAUACACAGUUCAAACUUAAUUCGAGGUGUCAUGAUUUCCGUUUGGUGCGGCCUGUUGGUGAUGGUGGUGGCAGUUCAUGCAGCCGCACCUGCAUCACAAUCAUCAUCUUCUCCCACGAGUACUAAGAGAGAAGAUCCUCAAAAUGGCGGCGGAGGAUCUGGAGGACAACCAGUUUAUUCUCCAUCAGCAUCUUCCAAUAGCUACAGCAGCGCUUCAUUCGAUUCAUCCGACAAUGGCGGGGCAUACAAAUCUCCGCAACAAUCCCAAGGAAACCUUUAUUACUACUAUUACCCAGUUCAAGAUAAAGGUCAAGAUAAUGCCUUUGCUAGUUCGUCCACCCACAACUAUGCAACUGCACCUGCAAACUCGGGACCUUAUGAAACUCAAGACUCUUCCCAAACAAGUUACCACACCUCUCAAGGUGGUGACGCUUACCAACAAGAUGCAUCAUAUGUGGGAGCACUUAACCAACUAAGCCAAUAUGGACUUGCAAAUGGUUAUUCCUUAGGAACCGGUGGACUUGGUGGAGCUGGAGGUAAUGCAUUUGGAGCCUAUGCUGCUCAAAUGGCACCUGCAGGUUACGCAUCAUCAGGUAUCCCAGCUUCAGCUUACUCGACAGGAGCAAUUGGCAGCUAUCCAGCCGGCAGUGCAGCCGUUGCCAACUACGCAGCACAACCUUCAACCCUAGCCCAAUAUGCUGCUCAAUUAACUGGGUUUGGUGGUGGUAACCAAUAUCAGGCCGCUACUUCUGGAUAUGGAGUACCUCAAGGCUAUGGGCAACCUAGCAGAAGAUAUGGUCUUGGUAGUUUGAUCAUGCCAAUGCUAGCUCUGGCAGGUCUGACUAUGUUGGUACCUACAAUCACCAGCAACUUGGGAAGUAGAACCAAGAGGUCAACUGACACACAAGCUCAUCCUUUGACCCUCAUCAGCGAAUACAAAGACAAGCUAGAACGAUAUUAUUCCCUGUACAGAACUGCUGUUGAGAAAGAAGAAUGCAUGAACCGAAUCAUCUGCGAAUUUGGAAGUGCAGUUAGUGAUGUUAAAGGCAAAGGAGCCGUUGUCUUGGUUCUGGAAAAAUUGAUGCCCAAAAACAUGAGACCCAAAAUGAAUGUAUUCAAAGCCGGUGCAUUAUCACCAGAAAUUGGAAAAUGUAAGAAAAUGUUCAAGUGCUGAAAGAUGGUGUGACAGUUUAACGCGCGACGUAUGAUAAACUUUUUUAUUGAACAUUACCUUGAAAGGAAAUCAAAUGUCAGCAUGGCCAAGAAGAUGGAUAAAUGCGUUCUGUACGCUUUUUGUCGUAUCCUUUCUAAAUAUUAUUAUUGUAUCAUCUGUAGCUAUUUAGAUUUAUAUAUUGGUCUUAAGACCACGAAGCAUUCAACUAAAAUUCGUUACUGGAACUUUUUAAUACCUUCUAAGCAGUCUGCCUGCUCCAAACACAAUUCAUAAAAAUGUGAGAUACAGAACUCCUCUUCUUGGCCUAUAUAGUGACUAUUUAAAUCUAUACAUUCCAGUGCAAAGGCUACCAGGGCAGCUAUGAUAUCGAUAAAAUAUCUUAUCUGAUAAUGAUAUCUUAUUUUACGAUUUUCGACAUCAUAUCUUCCUUAUAAUGAGAGAAUGUGUGUCCACAAACCCAGGACAUAUUUUGUGGUUUUUUUUUUAAAUAUUAUUCAUUUGAGUAUUUAGUUAAUUACGAAAGUAUUGCAAUUGCUGUUAAUGACUUUUAAUCACCUAGUUAAACAAAUGUCACAUUCUGUGAUGUAUAAAUGUACAGUCUCUUUUCGAACUUUUUUUUUUUUUAUUCCAGAUAUAUAGUAGACAGUUCCUUUUAAAAAUUCUUUCAACUUUUUCAGUUAAAUUUGUAGGGAUUCUCUCAGUGGGUACUUUUUAAACUGAUUUGUAAAAAUUCCUUACGUAUUUUAAAUAAUUAAACAUAGUAUUUUAAUAUAAAUAUUAAUUUCAGCUAAUGCAGAAAAGGUGCUUUAAGAAUGUUCUUCUUGUCUAAAAACUAAGAGAAUUUUCAGUGAAAUUGAUAAACAAUUAUUGACUAUUAUAGAAGUAUAUUUUUUUAUUAUUAUUAUUACUCAUCUCCUCAUUAGCGCAGUACUGAUAGAUCUUUAAUGAAAUUUUAUUUAAAAUUUAAAGACUUAAUAUAUUUCGAAAUUUUCCAGAAGUUUUUCUGGAACGGCCUGAUAAUUUUUGUUAUUAUUUCCCGCUCUCAUUCCGUAUAGUGUGAAAGUUACUGUUGUUAAGACGUUCCGAGUACUGCGUUGUACUUAUUUAUUCUAUUAUCAUUUCAUUACUGCUAUGUACAUGCUGUUUUUGUUUUUGUGAAUGAAAAUAAAUGUUUUAAAAAUCUA